AUGACGCUCAAUGCCUGGACAGUGUUCAGAAACAGUGGGUUUCAGCCCAGGAUUGAUUGUUGCAGUGAAACUGCUAAACUUCUCUUCAACUGUUAUCCGCAAGCAGUCUCAUCCGCUCCUGUGGCCGAGGUGACGGGCCAGGAGUGGAGCAGUGCAAUCUCAACUGGCACCCAGCAACGGAAACUGCAGCAAGCCUCUGGAAUGUUCUGCCACAGCGUCCGCAGGAACACCGAGGAGACAGGAACGCUGCCCCACCCCGCGAGGAUCCAAGGGCGUUCUCCGCCAUCCCUGGCCCCCACACCUUAUUUCCGCACGGUACAGCCCUUUUCUCUUCUCGCGAGACUGGAAGCAUACUGCUUCUGGUUGCCAAGGGAACAGCGUUCCUGGAGUCAGGAGGGAUUUGUACGCAAAGCUCCUUCCCCCUCCAGAGAAGCUAGCGUGCCGGGAAAGACCCCUCCCCUUUGGGGGACAGUUGGGGACGCUGAGUGUCAGCGGUACGCUUCUGCGCCCGUCAGUGAUCCGCCGACCGGCGACUGCCUCCCAGAGUUUCCGCGGGGAAGGAUAUCGAUGGAUAUUAUAAAGGGAAACUUAGAUGGAAUUUCAAAACCAUCCUCAAGUUCAAGAAUACGUCCUGGGAGUAGAGAUUCGAGUACUUCUUUGGAGGUACUCUCACCGGAACCGGCAUCCUUCAAGGUUGAUACUGCAAUCAAGUUGAACUCUGGUAAAGAGAACAACUCAGACAGCGGCAAUGCAGAAGAAAGUAGAAACAAUAAUGAUGAUAAAGGGGAAAAGGACUCUGAAAAGCCAAAAUUGGUGGAGGAUGGAUCAGAUGAAGGUCUGAACUUUGUUCAACAUCAGAGAGUCCCUGACUGUUCAGAUGAACCCGAAUUAAAAGAAUUAGAUUCUCAACUUCAAGAUGCUAUUCAGAAGAUGAGGAGGCUUGAUAAGAUAUUGGUGAAGAGACAAUAUAGAGAAAAAGAAAUUAAGAAGCAAGGUAUAGACAUGAGAAUAAAGCUGUGGGAAGAACUCAAGUUUGCAAAAACUGGUGAAACUUUGCAAAGUAAUGAGGAAAUGGAAAAUACAAAAAAGUUUCUAGCUUUGACUGAUGCAUCAGAAGAAAUUGCAGAUGCUGGUCCCUAUGAGCAUGAAGACACCUUUUUCUCAGUGUUUCACACUCAGCUCCCUCCAGAAGAAUAUGAAAACUGUAUACAGAAAGUCAAUCAAGAUUUUACCUUUGAUGUGGGAGGAAACGAGUCAUUGAUCAAAGCAGAAAAGAAACAUUUCUCAAAUACAGAAAAGACUGAGCUUAGGAGUAAACACAGCCAGGAUUUUAUCAAAAGAAACAUUGAGUUGGCCAAGGAUUCAGGGAAGCCAGUGGUUAUGAUGGACACAGAGAGGAAAAGGCUGAUCGAACUUUUGAAGGACUUAGAUGACAGAGAUUUGGGGCUGCCCUGUCCUGAGGGGGAUCAGUCUGGCUGGCUGGUUCCAGGAGAAGGAUACACACUUGCAACCACCCAGCACCAGCAGCUUGCUGAAAUUGACUCAAAGCUCCAAGAACUUUCUGCAGCCUCACCAACAACUUGCAGCAUUUCUCCAAGACUUGAAAACCAGAGUGAUCAGGAACCUAACUUUCAUGAUGAUGAUAGAAACAUGGAAAUAACUCCAGGAGAAAAGGUGCUUCGGAAUACCAAAGAGCAACGGGAUCAGCAAAACCGGCUGAGGGAGAUCGAUGACCGACUGAGGAAACUGAAGGAAAAUUCAACACUUGGAGAAACUGGUAUGAUAAAGGUGUAUGAGUAUUGA